GCCCCGGCCGGCCGCCAUAUUGGUCCUUCUGCUCAAGUCGCUAGCUGUUGGAGCUCGGGCUGAUUAGCGCUCUCUUCCCUUCCGUGUCUCUGGCUCCCUUUCUUCCCUGGUUGCACCCAGGCAGGCUGGCCAACAGCUCCCGGGGUGUCCUGUGUGUGGCUGAAAGAUAAUAAUGAUGCUUGAACUGAACUACUAAGGAUUCUGAAGUCAAAACUCAUACUAUUAAUAAUGGCAGGAAAAUCGUCCCUUUUUAAAGUAAUUCUUCUUGGAGAUGGUGGAGUUGGCAAGAGUUCUCUUAUGAACAGAUAUGUAACCAAUAAAUUUGAUGCCCAGCUCUUUCACACAAUAGGUGUGGAAUUUUUAAAUAAAGAUUUGGAGGUGGAUGGACAUUUUGUUACCAUGCAGAUUUGGGACACAGCGGGUCAAGAGCGAUUCCGAAGCCUGAGGACACCAUUUUACAGAGGUUCUGACUGUUGCCUGCUUACUUUUAGCGUUGAUGAUUCACAAAGCUUCCAGAAUUUGAGCAACUGGAAGAAAGAAUUCAUAUAUUAUGCAGAUGUGAAAGAGCCUGAAAGCUUUCCUUUUGUGAUUUUGGGCAACAAGAUUGAUAUAAAUGAACGGCAGGUGUCUACAGAAGAAGCCCAAGCCUGGUGCAGGGACAACGGCGACUAUCCUUACUUUGAAACGAGUGCAAAAGAUUCCACCAAUGUUGCAGCUGCCUUUGAGGAGGCAGUUCGAAGAGUUCUGGCUACAGAAGAUAGGUCAGAUCACCUGAUUCAGACAGACACAGUCAAUCUGCACCGAAAGCCCAAGCCAAACUCAUCUUGCUGUUGAUGUCAUUAAAGAGAUGGUCGUUGCAUUCUAACACCCACACCCACAUGAGGAGGGUUCAUCUAUUAAUAAAAUUCAACUAACGAAUAUUGAUUGCUGCCUCAUUAGUUGGUGGGAGAAGGGACACAUUCACUCUGGAGGAAAUCUAUUUACUUGGUAAUGGCACCUUACAUUUAUAAAUCGUAAUGGUUGUCUAAUGUUUAAUUUAAAAUUAGUGCUAAUAAGAUGACCAAGAAUUGAAUUGUAAUUCAAACAAAAGCCUUGAAUAUUCUAGAAAUUACACUUAGGUUGUUUUUCCCCCACAAGAAAAUGGAGAGUUACUUUUGUAUGUGUAUAUUUUUAUGUAAUUAGCAUUCUAUUCUUGGUCCAGGGAAGUAAAUUCCUAUAAUACUAUUAAAGAUUAAAAUCUAAU